AUGAUUCUCUGUAAGAGGCCAAUAUGCCAUAAACUCACCCAGUGUACCCUCUACUCCACGCUGGUUUGGUGCACAAUAACAAUAGAUGGGUGCGCCACUUCCAACCCCACAGGCUGCAGCCUGCCCAGCGAGAGCGUCAAUAGCUACCUGAGCCGCCCCGGAGACAUUGUUAUAGGGGGAAUAUUCCGAAUUUAUUUGUAUGCAGCCUACAGUGACUUCCAUUUCAGCAGCAAACCCCUGGAUCUAAAAUGUCGGGAAGUGUCUAUUCAGCAUUACCAGACCAUGCAGGCCCUCAUAUUUGCAGUGGAGGAGAUUAAUGCCGAUUCUGAUCUUCUCCCCAAUAUUACACUGGGCUUCCAGAUGUUUGAGACCUGCAUUACCAUCCGGCGAGCAGCUCAAGGGACUCUUUCCUUGCUCUCAGGAGGUAAUGGAAUAACUCCAAAUUAUUAUUGCUACAGUGGAGCGCCCCUUGCUGGUGUCAUUGGUGAUUCUGCAUCACCACGGUCCAUUAUCAUGGCCCAGAUCUUGGGACUCUACCGAUAUCCUCAGAUCAGUUAUUAUUCAACCAGCCCUAUUCUCAGCAAAAGGGACCUGUUUCCUUCAUUUUUCCGAACCAUACCCAGUGAUGAAUUUCAAAUGAGGGGUCUGGCCCAGAUGGUAACUCAUUUUGGUUGGUCUUGGGUUGGUAUCUUGGCCAAUGAUGAUGACUAUGGUCAGUUUGGACUUCAGGUUGCAAAGCAAGAGCUAAUGAAUGUGGGAGUAUGUGUGGCCUUCAGUGAGACUAUAUUGACUGGCCAAAGCAAUACAAAUGCUCCUCACAUUGUGCAGGUCAUCAGAGAGUCAUCUGCAAAGGUGGUGAUUGUGAUAGCAACGGAUCACAAAUUUAUAGUAGUGGUAGAAGAACUGUUCAAGCAGAAUGUUACUGGGACCAUAUGGGUAGCCAGUGAAGGUUGGGCAACUUCAACUCUACUUUCUGACAAACGAUUUCAAAUCAUUUUGAAGGGCACUAUCGGCUCUGCCAUCCACAGUGGGCAUUUGCCCAAGUUUGCUGAUUACCUCAACAGCCUCCGCCCAUCCACAUAUCCAGGUGAUUCUUAUAUGAUGGAAUUUUGGGAAAAAGUGUUCACAUGUAAGUGGCUCGGUCAAGAGAAUAUACCUAUAAGGGUGGACAAUGCCACAUUUGAGCUCCUACACUACGUUAAGAAUGUGAACUUUAAGACCAAAGAUGGGACUCACAUUUUCUUUGAUGCAAAUGGGAACCCUCCAGCCAUUUAUGACAUUGUCAACUGGCGUCUGAAUGCCAAGGGAGGCCUGGAGCAGGUGACAGUCGGGAGUUACACUCUGGAGCACACUGAUAGCAAAACCUUGCAGAUAGUCAGUAAUGGCAUUAUUUGGCCCAAUAAUAAUACAGAGGUUCCCAUUUCCAGGUGCAGCCCAAGUUGUCCCUCAGGAUUUAGGAAGAUGAUAGUUCCAGGGAAACCCCCCUGUUGCUAUGAGUGUGCCCAAUGUCCCCAGGGGCAGAUUUCGAACCAAACAGAUGCUGCGGAAUGUCAUCCAUGUUCCUGGGACACGUGGCCCAAUCUACAGCAGGACAGAUGCCUACCAAGGCCUACAGAGUUCCUUUCCUAUGGAGAUCCUUUGGGCUACAGCUUAGCAGCCAUUUCCAUCUUGUCCUCCCUAAUUCCUCUUACAAUUUUUGGAAUUUUUAUUCGUUUUAAAAAGACACCAAUAGUCCGAGCCAACAACUACUCCCUUAGCUGCCUUCUCCUGCUUUCCCUGUUCCUCUGUUUCCUUUGCUCUUUAGGGUUCAUUGGUUACCCACAACCUGAAAAGUGCCUUCUGCGCCAGGUGGCAUUUGGGAUGGUUUUUGCCCUCUGCAUCUCCUGUGUUCUGGCCAAAACCAUCACUGUUGUCAUUGCCUUUAAUGCAACCAAACCCGGCAGCAGGUUAAGGAAGUGGACAGGGGUGAAGGUCUCCUACUGCUUCAUUGCCUUUUGUCUCUUUUUUCAGUUAUUUUUGUGUAUAAUGUGGCUGAUAUUUUCACCUCCCUUUACUGAGCUGGACACUAUCACAUAUCCUGGAGUCAUCAUCGUUAACUGCAAUGAAGGGUCACCCACUGCUUUCUGGUGCAUGCUGGGAUACCUUGGACUCUUGGCCUCCAUCAGUUUCAUUGUUGCCUUCCUGGCCAGACGCCUCCCUGACAGUUUCAAUGAAGCCAAAUUGAUCACAUUCAGUAUGUUGGCUUUCCUCAGUGUGUGGGUGUCCUUUAUCCCAGCCUAUCUCAGUGCCCGGGGCAUGUAUACUGUGGCAAUGGAGGUCUUUGCCAUCCUGUCUUCCAGUUGGGCAGUGGUGGGCUGUAUCUUUGUGCCAAAAUGUUACAUUGUAUUGUUCAGGCCCAACAUGAACUCCAGAGAACACCUUACAGUUAAGAGCAAAGUUCAAAAAUAA